UGACCAGACAAUCUUAGGUCUUAUUCGUCCUAUGAUUCCCAACAUUCGCUACGGAAUCAUCAUAUUAUCUAUAGUGUUCUCCGACUACUACUCUGACCUGCCUAUUUACCUUAGAUGACGGCCGUUGUCAAAUUAUAUAUGAUCCAAGGUCCCGCUAGUAAGACGAUAACCGAAGCUAAUGUUGACAUAACCCCGUCUACGUUUGCGAAUCUGGGGACUACAUAUACGUUGCUUCAAUCCGAUAAUCCUUAAGACAAUCCGGAUUAGCCAUGUCUCUAUUUUCAAGGCUGAAGCGACGUCGGGUACAAGCCAAAGAUAAAAAUUCGAAGAAUGAUGGGAAUGUGAAAGAGAAGGCGAAGGAAGAACCUGCCAAGGUGCCUUACAAGCAUGUAGUUAUGCAUGCUGCUAGCGAUAUGUUAUUAGUAGCACCCGCAAGUGCGAGAGAGGAAGACAACGCCAGGGUAAUCGAGCUGAACAAGCAAAACAUCGCCAAGGCAAGAUCGGAAUGUAAGGCGGCCGGCAUGCCACGGGUUCGAGACUCGCUAUCCAUCUAUAAGACCCCUAUCUUUCCUCUACCAAAAAACUACAAACCCUACAGCGUAGACGACAGGCCCAAGCUCACAUACUACCCCCCGCAGCUAGCUGGCUCCCAGAAAGGACCCGAUAACUCGAGUCGCCCGGAAAGUUUAAGAAGCGUAGGAAGUAGGAGAAGCGGGAUAAGCGGCAAGGGGAAAGAACCGGAAUACAUACGAUCCCCUCUAUCUCUACCACCGGUUCCGAGAUUAUCCCAUGAACAGUCUAGUACCAUCACAUCGAGUAAAGAUGCGCCUCUUGAGGAAACAUCGGCAAUAUCAAGUACCCCCAAUGAUGAAUCUAGGAUAAACAACAAGGCCGUCAACCGCCUUUCGCACUCUUCUAGCUAUCAGCCAAGCAUUUCUCAGAAAAGUCUCUCGUUUAGCGAGAAGUCGUAUCAAACGCCUUUCACUAUCUCUCAAACAACCGUCGGGGCACCUGUGAAGAGUGAUCGGUACUAUCCGCCCCCGACAAAAAGUGCCUAUUUUUCAGCAUCUCAUACCGCGAACCAGGGGAUCGAGAAUAAACCGAAUAGACAGGAAAAUAAAAAUAUAUCUGGUACAGAGACGGCCAUCCCGCCAGCAUCCGGUGUUGCGGAGAGAGAUGAUAAGAGCACUCCCCCAGUUGACGAAGCCUCCUUUGGUCCAUCUACCACAUCUAUCGGUCCCGCUAUUGCACCACCUCGACCGCCCUGCAUCGUGGCCCCUCCACCUGCGCCAUGUUCUACGGAAGAAGCUGCAGGUUUAGAACAUAAUACUAGCAAGACAACAACUACCAGCGGCCCCCGUGCGAAAACGCCACAGAACCUUUCGGUGGAAAAAGGCAAAGCUCCUGCAUAUACGACGGCAAAAGAUGUUAAGGAACAAGAUGCAAUAGCACCUUUGACAUCGUCCCCGCAAAAGAAAGCACGCAGGCUAUCCAAACCUAGGCCAUCGAGCAGCGGCAACGGCAGCGGCAACGGAAAGUCCAGGCUGUCGAUCGAUGCAUCACAGCGUAGCAAGUCGAAUUCAACUGCCCCCGGAGCCACUGUUUCCGAACUCGAUCGAGCGAGCCAUGUAGCUGAACCGAAGACCAGCGAGGCCAGUAAGGAGUCGUCCGAACUUACAGUGAAAAUAAGGAAAUUGCACAAGAAGCCGAAAGAUAAAAGUCAACGGAGAAAGUGGUGGUCCUUUGGAAGACGAUCCACCACUGCGGUACACUAGACGAAGGAUAUCGGUAUUCAUAACGGGCUUACACACAGCAGCAAUGCGUCUGCAAAUUGUUUUUAUUCAUUGCACAGGUACCUACUUAUCUACUUCCUAGCGGCAUGGGAUGGUAUCCCACAGCGUACACCUGUAAAUUCUGCAGUUAUAGAUCUACAAUAAUUAUGAAGCAUUACGAGGAGUUCGAGUUCGACGUGGGUUAUCAAGAGCGGAUAGUUUAGUUAUUUCUGGAGUAUGGAUCGACACGGGCUAUUAGACGAACCUGUAUAGUAGCUAUUAACUACGGCUUCUCGCCCCGAAGUUGUAAAUUAUACAUGGAUUCGUCUGAGACGU